AUGGCACCAGCAAAAACUCUCAAUCAUCUCGCUCAGGAAAAAUCCCUCGAGUCCAGUUUCGUUCGCGACGAAAGCGAGCGUCCGAAAGUCUCUUACAAUGACUUCAGCAAUGACAUUCCAAUCAUUUCUCUAGCCGGAAUAGACGACGUCGAUGGACUAAGAACAGAGAUAUGUAACAAGAUUGUAGAAGCGUGUGAGAACUGGGGUAUCUUCCAGGUUGUUGACCAUGGUGUGGACUCAAAGCUCAUUUCUGAGAUGAGCCGUUUUGCUAAAAUGUUCUUCGAUUUGUCACCAGAAGAGAAGCUUCAGUUUGACAUGUCCGGUGGUAAGAGGGGUGGCUUCAAUGUGUCUAGUCAUCUCCAAGGAGAAGCAGUGAAGGAUUGGAGAGAGAUAAUGAUAUAUUUUUCAUAUCCAAUCAACCAAAGAGACUAUUCAAGGUGGCCAAACAAGCCAGAAGGAUGGAAAGAUGUUACAGAACAAUACAGUGAGACUCUUAUGAGUUUAGCAUGCAAGCUAUUGGAAGUUUUAUCAGAGGCUAUGGGGUUAGAGAAAGAAGCUCUAACAAAAGCAUGUGUUGAUAUGGAUCAAAAGGUUGUCGUCAAUUACUACCCAAAAUGCCCUCAACCCGAUCUCACCCUUGGCCUGAAACGACAUACUGACCCUGGCACAAUAACUCUGUUGCUUCAAGAUCAAGUGGGUGGUCUUCAGGCUACGAGAGAUGAUGGAAAGACGUGGAUCACUGUUAAGCCUGUUGAAGGUGCCUUUGUUGUCAAUAUUGGAGAUCAUGGUCAUUAUCUGAGUAAUGGACGGUUCAAAAACGCUGAUCAUCAAGCAGUUGUGAACUCAAACUACAGUCGAUUAUCUAUUGCAACAUUCCAAAACCCAGCACCAUAUGCAACUGUGUAUCCUUUGAAGAUUAGAGAAGGAGAGAAAUCUGUGAUGGAAGAACCAAUCACUUUUGCUGAAAUGUAUAGGAGGAAGAUGAGCAAGGACAUUGAGAUUGGUAGGAUGAAGAAGAUGGGUAAAGAAGAAAAAGAAAUUAGGGACCUACAGAAAGCAAAACUUGAGGCCAAAUCUCUGAAUCAGAUCCUUGCUUAG